AUGGCUUCCUCAGCUGGCUUCCCCACCUACACCUGGCUUCCCCACCUACACAUGGCUUCCCCACCUACACAUGGCUUCCUCAGCUGGCUUCCCUACCUACACAUGGCUUCCUCAGCUGGCUUCCCCACCUACACCUGGCUUCCCCACCUACACAUGGCUUCCCCACCUACACAUGGCUUCCUCAGCUGGCUUCCCUACCUACACAUGGCUUCCCCACCUACACAUGGCUUCCUCAGCUGGCUUCCCUACCUACACAUGGCUUCGUCAGCUGGCUUCCCCACCUACACAUGGCUUCCCCACCUACACAUGGCUUCCCCACCUACACAUGGCUUCCUCAGCUGGCUUCCCUACCUACACAUGGCUUCCCCACCUACACAUGGCUUCCUCAGCUGGCUUCCCCACCUACACAUGGCUUCCCCACCUACACAUGGCUUCCCCACCUACACAUGGCUUCCUCAGCUGGCUUCCCUACCUACACAUGGCUUCCUCAGCUGGCUUCCCCACCUACACCUGGCUUCCCCACCUACACAUGGCUUCCCCACCUACACAUGGCUUCCUCAGCUGGCUUCCCUACCUACACAUGGCUUCCCCACCUACACAUGGCUUCCCCACCUACACAUGGCUUCCUCAGCUGGCUUCCCUACCUACACAUGGCUUCCCCACCUACACAUGGCUUCCUCAGCUGGCUUCCCUACCUACACAUGGCUUCCCCACCUACACAUGGCUUCCUCAGCUGGCUUCCCCACCUACACAUGGCUUCCCCACCUACACAUGGCUUCCUCAGCUGGCUUCCCUACCUACACAUGGCUUCCCCACCUACACAUGGCUUCCUCAGCUGGCUUCCCCACCUACACCUGGCUUCCCCACCUACACCUGGCUUCCCCACCUACACAUGGCUUCCUCAGCUGGCUUCCCUACCUACACAUGGCUUCCCCACCUACACAUGGCUUCCCCACCUACACAUGGCUUCCUCAGCUGGCUUCCCUACCUACACAUGGCUUCCCCACCUACACAUGGCUUCCUCAGCUGGCUUCCCUACCUACACAUGGCUUCCCCACCUACACAUGGCUUCCUCAGCUGGCUUCCCCACCUACACAUGGCUUCCCCACCUACACAUGGCUUCCUCAGCUGGCUUCCCUACCUACACAUGGCUUCCCCACCUACACAUGGCUUCCUCAGCUGGCUUCCCCACCUACACCUGGCUUCCCCACCUACACCUGGCUUCCCCACCUACACCUGGCUUCCCCACCUACUAAUGGCUUCCUCAGCUGGCUUCCCUACCUACACAUGGCUUCCCCACCUACACAUGGCUUCCUCAACUAG